AUGGUCACGCUCAAGCUCCCCGUGCUCCUCGCCUGCGCCUGCACAGUCCUUGCCGCCGCCACCCCCCUCGCAGUCAUCACCCCCGCGCCGCGCGCGCGGCGGGACACGGCGACGCCCGGGGCGGACAUCACGACGCUGCCGGUCGCGUCGUGCCUCGCGAGCGUCGAGUGCUGCCAGCAGACGGUGUCGCUCCCGGUGCUCCCCGCGAGCUUCACGACGCUCCUCUCGGGCGUGACGGUGCCGGUGCCGGUGCCGACGCUGGGCCCGCUUGCGGGGGUGACGUGCUCGUCGGCGACGGCCCUGGACAUCGUCGGGAACCAGUGCUUGCAGGGCGGGACGCCGGUGUGCUGCCAGGAGGUGCUCCUCGGUGGGUGGACACUCGUCUCGGUCGACGGGAUAUGA